UGCGCUGUGCGACUCGAGAGAAAUCUCCGGCCCGAGCUUGAGCGACGGUUGGCAGAACGUUUUGUUGGAGGCUGUCGUGCAUGUUCGCGAAGCUACACCUGUCUCAAGCCGAGCAGCCUUACAUUGUGCUUUGUUAUUCUAUGGCCCUGUCGGUUUCAUCCACCCAUAUUAAUCCUGCUUACGAGACCCGGCACCAGUGGAACAAGCCAACAACUGGGGGAAAAGAAUCCGUAACCUGCAAACAGUGUACCCGGUACUUCGCAUCCCAAUCUUCCAAACACCUCACGAGGGUAUUAUUGGAAAAAAGAAAAGAUUGGACGUCGGGCUCUUACCGAGCAAGUACCUAGAGGGAAUAGCUUGCUAGUUGCUAGACGUUAGAAAUAAACCUCAUCAUCCACUCCCACGAUGC